AUGUCUUCCACGCGGUGGGCAGCUCCCGCGGACGAAGCAGAUCGGGUAUGGCACGAGCCUGAAGUGAUUAUUUACAAUCUCAUAGUAUACCCGGAAGUCUCCUCCUCUGCCAUAGCUUACGAUGUUGCAAAUCGCAAAUGGUACGAACUCAACCUUGACACUAUCGUCCGAGAUGAGGAUUGGAUGGACGCUGUGAUUACAAAACAUAUCUCGGACUACCAUGCACAUCAUGGCACGCUGCCAGACUUCAAUGUCAUCAAUACCACCCGCGAGGGCACCCCGACGACCUUUGAGAAGAAGCCCAACGAGCAUGUGGCUCGGAGAAUCGAAGGCAAUGUUCAUUACGGCAGAGGGCCUUCAGAUAUUCUCCCAACGACGACUUUUGAACAGGUCAAACAGAAGCUAUAUCUAAAUCGCGGGAUUGAUCGCUGCGUCUGGAACGGUGCGGAUUGUAUUUUCAAGAGGAUUGAGUUUGUUGAGGAUUUGGAGGCCAUCGAGAGGGAAAUCAAAACAAGAGAAGCACUACUGGCCGCGUCAGAGCCACCGGGCACCUCCAUCGAACUUCGCUUUCACGUGCUGCCUAUCCUCGCGGUCGUCAACAAACACUCCGAAACAGACGAGGUUCUAGGGAUCAUAAUGCCCUACGGUGGCCAGAGCCUGGAGAGCCUGGCAGGAGGCUAUCAGUACGGUAUGGGGGCUGACCCAGAGGAAGGCCUGCCUCCGAAGCCAUGGCCGAGCCUUCCUAUCGCGGAAGAGCAGAUUAUCGACCUGCUCAGAGGCGUCCGCGAGCUGGCAAAGGCUGGAGUUGUCCACGGCGAUGUCAACGAUCGAAAUACGCUGCUCACGCCGGACAAUCGUCUCGUCCUCGUCGAUAUGGGAGAGGUUGCGCCGGACUAUGUCAGCGAUGUCCAUGCUCUCGGGCGCAUGAUGCUUUGGGCCUUGGAGAUGGUGUCAUGGACGACGCCGGGAGCCGAGGAUCGAGUGCGGCAGAUUGCUACGCAGUUACUGGCAGAAACUGGAGGCAUGCCGGAAUGA